AUGCACAUCAACGGGGUGAACAUGGCCGCAAUGGCCCUGGUAGCUAUAUCUUCACUUGCCCCCGUUUCUAGCGCUGUGUGGACUUGUCCCAGCGAGAGGGAAGCCUACUGUUGUACACAUUAUGAAGACAAGGCCACCAAAGGCCUAUUUGGAACUGGAUGCACCCUUGCUCCAAGAAAAGAAGGCUGUGAAGAUAAGUCUCCUGUUGAAUGCUGCAAGCCUCUAGCCGACAAUACCACUCACUUCUGUGAUAGCCGUGCAAAGGGGUAUAUGUUCGUUGACCAGGAAGAGGCUCCGCGCAAACACUGA